GCCUGCUGGGAGGGUUUUUGUGUUGGGUUCGGGACAGCCAUUGUGUUGCUUUGUUCGUUGGUUCAAAAGCCGUUUUUUAUCUGAAUUAAUUUCGGUGUCUUUUAUGAAUAAUCAAAAGCAGCAAAAGCCAACGCUAACCGGCCAGCGUUUUAAAACUCGGAAAAGAGAUGAAAAGGAGAGAUUUGACCCUUCUCAGUUUCAAGAAAGUAUUGUGCAAGGCUUGAACCAAACUGGCACUGACUUGGAAGCGGUUGCAAAGUUCCUCGAUGCCUCUGGUGCCAAGCUCGACUAUCGCCGGUAUGCAGAGACUCUGUUCGACAUCCUGGUGGCUGGUGGGAUGCUGGCCCCGGGUGGGACCCUAUCCGAUGACAUGAGCCGUACUGAGUUCUGUCUCUUUACGGCCAAGGAAGACCUGGAGACAAUGCAAGCUUAUGCUCAGGUUUUUAACAAGCUGAUCAGGCGGUACAAGUACCUGGAGAAAGGGUUUGAGGAGGAGAUCAAGAAGCUGCUGCUGUUUUUAAAAGGGUUCACGGAGUCGGAGCGCAACAAGCUGGCCAUGCUGACGGGCAUCCUGCUGGCCAACGGGAACAUCUCGGCAUCCAUCCUGAGCAGCCUCUUCAACGAGAACCUGGUCAAAGAAGGUGUCUCUGCCGCCUUCGCUGUCAAACUGUUUAAAUCCUGGAUCAAUGAGAAGGACAUCAACUCGGUUGCCGCCAGUCUGCGGAAGGUUGGCAUGGACAACAGGCUGAUGGAGCUGUUUCCUGCCAACAAGCGGAGUUGCGAGCACUUCUCCAAAUACUUCACAGAUGCCGGGUUGAAGGAGCUGAGUGACUUUGCCCGCAACCAGCAGUCCAUCGGGGCCCGCAAGGAGCUGCAGAAAGAGCUUCAGGAGCAGAUGUCCCGUGGAGAGACCCUCAAAGAUAUAAUCGGGUAUGUGCGCGAGGAGAUGAAGAAGACCAACAUCUCUGAGCAGACGGCGAUCGGCAUCGUGUGGACCAGUGUCAUGAGCUCCGUGGAGUGGAACAAGAAAGAGGAGCUGGUCACUGAACAAGCCAUCAAACACUUGAAGCAAUACAGCCCCUUGCUGAAGGCGUUCACCUCCCAGGGCCUGUCCGAGCUCACGCUGCUUCUCAAGAUCCAGGAGUACUGCUAUGACAACAUCCACUUCAUGAAGGCCUUCCAGAAGAUCGUGGUGCUGCUCUACAAAGCUGAUGUACUGAGUGAGGAGGCCAUUCUAAAGUGGUACACUGAAGGCCACCUGGCCAAAGGCAAGAGCGUCUUCCUGGAGCAGAUGAAGAAGUUUGUGGAGUGGCUGAAGAACGCAGAGGAAGAGUCUGAAUCUGAGGAAGAGGAGGGAGACUAAAGCUUCAUUUUGGAACAACCUGGUAUCUGCUAAUGUAGGAGCUGCAGAAUGUUUUGUUACAGAAGUGCUUUUGGUUUUUUGUUUUGGGUUUUUUGGUUUUUUUUAAUCCUACCUCCUGGUUUUUUUUUUUUUUUGGUUUGUUUUUUUCUCAACCAUAACAUUUAGAUGUCAUUUAAGGGCUUUGUAACAAAGGUUAAUUUUAACUUUUUUUUUCUACCUAAUCUUAAGGUUUACACUUUAAAAACAGCACAAGUUGUGAAUCGUUGACCCUUUUGUAAUCAUUCUCACAGCUGUCAAGUGUUGUCUUGUUUGGACAUCUUAAAUUAUGCCCCCUGGUUUCUUUGACAAAUGUAACAUUCCAUGAAAAUUAGCCAGUAUUGCUCCAUUAAUUUAAUGCAAAGACACCCCCCCUUUUAUUUUUAUUUUUUUCAUUUUUCCAUUUUUCCCCCCUCAGCGUUACAAUGCCACAAUGUUCUUUACCCCUUAGCCAGCCAUUUUAAAAGGUUUCACCCCCAGUUAGUGGAGAGUCGAUUGGAUGUGUCGAGGCGUUCUCAGAGUUUGCGUGUGGCACACAGACGUUAGCGAUCGUGUUGGUGUAUGUCCAUGAAGAGUGAUGCAUGACUUCCGAGCCCCUCUCUGUUCCUCAGCUGUACUUGAGUCGGAACAGGGGGUUUAAGAUACUGGGUUACGUUUCUGACUGUCCCCUUUACUGUAAAAGUUGCCUCUCAGUUGUAAAGUCCUGUUGCCAAAGGUUUAAGCCUCUGCCCUCUUGAGGCGCACCGUGCCCUCUAAAGUGACCCCCGCCCCCACCUCUCCUCUGAUGCAUCGCCAUCUUUAAUUCACAGAUUUCUUUAAUCCGGUUACCUAAUUGACUUUUUUUAAAAAAUAAAAGUUAGAAGUAUUUGA